CCUCCAACAACACAUCAGCUGCAAAUUUAUGCAAAACACUAAAAGCACUUCUGCUGCGGCCAUCCUGCAAAGCAAAAAAAAAAAUAAAGAAAAAAGCAACAAGAGCAGGCUCCGCAGGCCGUUCAGUCGCUUGGAGUGGUUUUGCAGCGGGCAGCCGGUGCAGGAGGAGGCUGAGAAACCCGGACCGGUGACGCAGCCAUGGAGACAGACGGAGAGCAGAACCAGCAGGGGGCCUCGACCAAUGGGAACGCAGCAUCUGGGACGAGCUCCCGCCCCUCUCCAAUGAAUUCCAUGUCUCUAUAUGAAAGACAGGCUGUACAGGCCCUGCAGGCGUUACAGAGGCAGCCUAAUGCAGCUCAAUACUUCCAGCAGCUGAUGCUGCAACAGCAGAUCAGCAACGCCCAGCUGCAGAACCUGGCCGCAGUGCAACAGGUAAAGGCUACUCUGGCUGCCAGUCGUCAGUCAAGUCCUUCCAGCAGCAGCUCUCCUCAGACCACCAGCACCACAGCUGUCAGUGUAACAUCUGGAUCAGGUUCCACAACCAGCAGCCGUCCUAUCGGCGCCUCAGCAACGUCCACGAUCAGCCAAUCAGUGCUGCUGAGUGGGACGGCAGGGGGGCAGGGACAAAUGUACCUGAGGGUCAACCGCUCCCUAAGGGCCCCCAUCUCCUCACAGCUCAUUUUUAUGCCUGGCAGCACAGCAACCGCUGCAGUGGCAACCGUCACCCAGCAGCCCCAGGCUCAGCAACAGCAACAGGAAGUGACACCGACUUCCACGUCUAGCAGCCAAUCAGAUAUUGACCAGGUGCAGAAUCUAGCCAUGCGAGGUGUGUCCAGUCCCAAAGGCGUUGGAGUGAAGACUGAAGCGCCAGAGAGGAGUGACUCGGGUAGGGAGGAAAGGAAAGUUGCCUACUCCCUCGUCCAGCCCUCCCACCAAUCAAACUCCCAGUCCCCCUCUAAGCCAAGCCAACCUCAGCCCCAGCCUCCCCACAUUAAAAUCCCAACGUACCCUCAGCCCACCAACCUCAAAGCCCACUCUUCCUCCUCUGCUGGUGGCUCCUCCUCGUCCUCCAUCCCUCUUUCCCAGCUCCUGCUUCACGGAACCCGGACUCUCGCCACAGGAACCACCGCUCCCACAGCAGCACACACCCUGGUCCUAACGUCCAGUGCAGCAUCCCAGCCCCACGGGUAUCCUGUUGGCACCGCGACCAUCAAACCAGCAGUCAACGCUCAAACCUUGGUGGUGCAGCCUCUGCAGAAGACUUCGCUAAGUGCUGAGAAAUCAGGCCAUGGCAAUGGACCCAUCCCCAUCCAACCCAAAACUCUGCAGGGGCUCCGACUACCCCUCCAACUGCCUUCUAGGAACCCCCCUCCCAUCCUGCCUGCCCCGCCGCCCACCAGCAGCUCGGCCCAGCCUCCCCAGCCGCCGCACAUCCCGGUCCAAAUCGUGGGGGCGAGGCAGAGCACGCUGGGCAACACCCAGGCUCUGGCGCUGGCCCGGGGCAACUGCAGCCAGGAUGGAGCCGCUGUCCUCAGCAGCUCGUCCAACCUGCUCACCAUGGUGGCGUCCAUUGCGUCCAUUGCGUCCAGGGAGGGCGGGGUCAUGGGUCGAGGGGUGGGGCUAAAGACGCUUCAAUCGCCCCAGGAGGCUCCCCCAUUGGCUCAGGUCUCUCAGGUGCAUCCGCAGGCCAAUCAAAACUCUGGACAGGGUCAGAAUGGACCCCUGGCUUCGAACCCUGCUUCCUCCCAGUCCCCCACCGUUUCCUCUCCUCCCACCUCGAGGCCUCGCACCUCCCUCUCCCUCCCCUUGGUGACGGAGGAGCAGAGAGGAGCAUCGGCUGGAGUGACCACCAAUGGGGACUCAUCGGGUAGUCAGACGCCACAGGGAAAGCAGUUGACUGGCUCGCUAAAGAGAAAAUCAGACUCCAAUUCAGCUAAUGACGAAGAUGGCCCCUCCCCUCCACGGCUCCAGCCAGUCAGAGAUCACACCCCAGCACUCCUGACAAAUCCAAUUGAAGCAGGGUCUGGUGCUCCUCCUCCAGCCCCCUCCUGUCCCUCCCCAGUGCUGUCAGUGUCCCGUGGGGUCUGCGGCCAGGGGGAGAGAGCUCCUCCCCCUCAAGCUGUGGUUAAACCAAACGUUCUUACACACCUCAUAGAGGGCUUCGUCAUCCAGGAAGGGGCAGAGCCUUUCCCUGUAUGUGGUUCAGUAAAGGACUCGGCUGAGGAUUUAACUAAUGACAGUCCAGACACUAACCAAUCAGAGACUGUUACAACAGCAACAGUGCUGAAGUGUGAGUACUGUAAAAACUUUGCUCCUGCCAGCCAGUUCAGAGGCACCAAAAGGUUCUGCUCCAUGACUUGUGCCAAGAGUAUGUAUUGGUUCCCCAGGUACAACGUCAGCUUCAGGCAGCACUUCUGCAUGCGACAGGGUCAAGGUCAAGAUCACGCUCCUGAUCAGGAUCAAGGCCAUGGUCACUUCUCCAACUCAGAUGAGGAGGGUGGAAUAACCAGGCGGAGGGUUCCCCGGAGGACAAGUUCAGAAAUUGCCAGUGCCAAGAUAGCAGGAAGACCCAUACCUGUCAAGUGCCGUUCAGAGUCCAGCCAUUCAGAUGAGGAGUCCAGUGGAGAGGAGGAUGAAGAUGACCCCAUGUCCCUCUCACCCGCCUCCUCAGCCUCCUGCCACCAGCCGCCUCCUCCGCUCCCAACGGAGAGUUCUGCACCCAGCUGCCUGCCCGCUAGCCCCGCCCAGUGGAGCGUGGAGGAAGUGUCGCAGUUUAUUUCCUCCCUACAAGGCUGUGAGGAGCUCGCCUCCCAGUUCUUGUCGCAGGAGAUUGACGGCCAGGCUCUGCUGCUGCUGAAGGAGGAGCAUCUCAUGUCCACCAUGAACAUCAAGCUAGGUCCUGCUCUCAAGAUCUGUGCCCACAUUAACAAUCUGAGAGACUGAUGUCAGUGUUUCCAUAAAUCCACAAUGUUCAAAGUCAAGCCCUGGGCAUUUACCCCAAACUCCUGUUCCGCACCCAGUUCAGAUACGGAACUGGUCUCAGAGCAGUCAGAGGCCUGCAGGUGCAUGCAUAAGGUACAGUUCAUUUGCAAAACAAAAGUCAAGGCUAUUUAGCUAGCUGCAGCACUUGAAUAUAUUCUUGAUUUGUCCACUCUUUACCACAUUUUCAAAUGUCGUACUUGCACAGGGGUAAUGUUACAGUUACAGUAUUGUCCCGUUUAAAGCUGUCAUGUCAGUGCGUUGCGAAAUACAACAGCUGUAUUUUGGUAAGGAUACAUGUUACCGAAAAUGUCAUUUCAGCGCAAAAUCAGUACUUGCAGUCAGAAAUAGGCUUUACCAAGUGAUUUCAAUUUGCUUUUUAGAUGCACAACUACAGUACAGUCUUGUGCCUGUCUUGUAAAAUGCAAAAAUGAAGGUUUUGAAUGUAUUUUCAACACAGGAAUCACUUGUAAUAUGUGGUGAGGGUUGUUACUUGCACAGUAUCCCUACAUUUUUAAGUUUAUGUACAAACAGGGCUGCCCAUUUCACAGGCUUUAACCGAGGCUGUUUUAAUCUUUAUGUUACAUCUCAUAUUUCUGCUAAAGUUCAACAGAAUCUUCAAAAGGAAACAAAAUAAUGAAUAAGCUUACAGAUGAACACACUACUAAUUAUUCAUUGUAUCAUAUUGUACAGGAAAAGUAUUUUUGAAAGAUUUGCUGACUUGUUUGGCUUGAGUGUCAUCUCGUCGAACACUCAUCAUGGAUUCAAAAACGAGUUUUUGAUUAUAACUCUUGACCUGAUUUAAGCCACAAUCAGCACAGACUUCGGACAGAAAUGCAGUAAUGAACUUAUAUCUACCCAACCCUAGUGUCACAUAACAAGUGCUUUCAAGAAGAAUUUUGUAAGGAAAGCAAUCAUGAUUUUUAACAUUAAUUUUAUGUAUGUCAUAGAAACAUAAAAAAAAACAUAAUAAUUUUGUAAAAAUGGUCAUCAUCAGUUUUAAAUGGUGGCUUUUUUAUUUUGGAAGUAGCCUCUUCUACUCAAUUUACAGGGUAUAGUUGGUUACGAGUACAGGGUACUGGCUGCAGAAAUGCCAGACCAGAGUCCAAAUGAGACCCCUCAAGCCUCAGAGAGCAUUUCAUAUUUCAUGUGAGGCAAAAACUACUGCAAAAAUACAGAUGUUUCAUAUAGUUUUCUCACAUCUAUACACUAUUUUUUACAUACAGAGCACAUCAACAGUUGAUAAGACACUACUGCAAAAUGCUUUACAAAUUUUUCACUGAGGAUCUUUAGGAGAUCCAACCUUUUAAAGUUUUUUUAACAGAGGACUUUUUGUUGACUCUACUCUUAAAAGGACUAUAAUCUGCAAAAUUAUUAAAAGACUAUUUUGUUCGGUCAGGCAAUUUCAAGAGUGUCACUUUUUUGGGUACAACCACAGCUGCCCCUGAUCUAUACAAAUGUAUGCGUAUGAGUGAAGGGUAACGUCAUGGGCUUGAUUUUGUGAAAGACAUGCUGAAACAGAUAAGUAAGCGGCAAAUGUGAAGAUAUGCUGUUAAUUUGUAGUAUCUUUUAAGCUACAUUCAUGAACAAAAUCAGAAAGUCUGUGAAGAAAAUCAGGCUGGCAGCCACAUGUGGACCUAUGUUUGUGAUGGAUGAAUAAAAAUCAUACCUGAAUGAGUGAGUGAAUGAGAAAACCUUAAACUAUACUGUAAUAAGUGUAAAAUUUGCCUUUAUAUUUAAAUGCACAUUUUUUUGCUGAAUUGCCUUGUUUAAGCUUUUAACUGUAGAAGUUCUCUCAUGUUAUCUCUCUGUGAACCUUGUGGCCUUUCUCACUAGUCUCUACAAUAGGUUUAGAUGAGGAUUGUCUGUUUUUUAACUACUUUUCAUAUCAUUCCUUGUUUUAUAUUAGUGCUUACUUUUUUACAAUUGUUAUUUCAAGCAAUGACAUCUGUUGCCUUUCCCAAAAAGCGUGACUGAAUUGUAGCUACCUUGAUCAAGGAAACUUGCUGUCUUCCUCAUAGCUUUGUCACAUAGCGUGUAACAACAGUAUUUACCUUUCUAGCUAGCUAUCUUUGGCUUUAUUGUUAGUGACUGUGGCUAUUACAGUAUUUUCUUUCAAAAAGGAUAAUAAUCUUUGAUAGCUGUGUGUUUAUAUGUCAUAGUCACCCAAGGAUUUUGAAGUUUAAAUUUGCAGACGUCAUAUUGUGAAGACCAAAAAAUAGAGCACUUGUACUACACUACAAGUGAUUUGCACCACAAUUUCUUAGUCAAAUCAUUUCCGUUCUGCAAUGAUGACUGGUGUAACAUUUGUUAACAAGCAGACCUUUACGACUUUGUUUAUUUAAUCAUUGUUCUCCCAAAAAGUAGCACUUUUCUCAUAAAAUAACUGCAUUCAGCAAAAGGCCUUUUUUUAAUAAAGAGCUACUUCAGAAUCAAAAUGUGUUUGCUUGCAAUAAUCAGAAAAAAAUGGCAGAAUCUUGGAGGGACUGAGUUUGAUGUGGCGAGGCUAACAACACUAUCAUGCAAAUAAAUAAUCAAGGAACCGU